AUCUGCAAAAUGGGAUCAGUGAGCUCAGGUGGGUCGCAAAUUCUACAGGAACUACUUUAGCCAAGCCCAGCCCCCUGAAAGUUCCCCUCGGCGGGCUGUUAGGGUGAUUGUUUUCAUCUGUGGGGCUGCCUGAUGCGUCCCACCCGCCAGCCUUGGAGAGGGUGGGAUGGGAGGGUGGGGUGCUUGGGGAGACAAGCCUAGAGCCUGGGCCCUCCCACCCCACUGCCUCCCCCCAUCCCAGGGCCCCCCACCCAGUGACAAAGCCCGUGGCACUUCCUCUACCCGGUUGGCAGGCGGCCUGGCCCAGCCCCUUCUCUAAGGAAGCGCAUUUCCUGCCUCCCUGGGCCGGCCGGGCUGGAUGAGCCGGGAGCUCCCUGCUGCCGGUCAUACCACAGCCUUCAUCUGCGCCCUGGGGCCAGGACUGCUGCCGUCACUGCCAUCCAUUGGAGCCCAGCACCCCCUCCCCGCCCAUCCUUCGGACAGCAACUCCAGCCCAGCCCCGCGUCCCUGUGUCCACUUCUCCUGACCCCUCGGCCGCCACCCCAGAAGGCUGGAGCAGGGACGCCGUCGCUCCGGCCGCCUGCUCCCCUCGGGUCCCCGUGCGAGCCCACGCCGGCCCCGGUGCCCGCCCGCAGCCCUGCCACUGGACACUGGAUAAGGCCCAGCGCACAGGCCCCCACGUGGACAGCAUGGACCGCGGCACGCUCCCUCUGGCUGUUGCCCUGCUGCUGGCCGGCUGCAGCCUCAGCCCCACAAGUCUUGCAGAAACAGUCCAUUGUGACCUUCAGCCUGUGGGCCCCGAGAGGGGUGAGGUGACAUAUACCACUAGCCAGGUCUCGAAGGGCUGCGUGGCUCAGGCCCCCAAUGCCAUCCUUGAAGUCCAUGUCCUCUUCCUGGAGUUCCCAACGGGCCCAUCACAGCUGGAGCUGACUCUCCAGGCAUCCAAGCAAAAUGGCACCCGGCCCCGAGAGGUGCUUCUGGUCCUCAGUGUAAACAGCAGUGUCUUCCUGCAUCUCCAGGCCCUGGGAAUCCCACUGCACUUGGCCUACAAUUCCAGCCUGGUCACCUUCCAAGAGCCCCCGGGAGUCAACACCACAGAGCUGCCAUCCUUCCCCAAGACCCAGAUCCUCGAGUGGGCAGCUGAGAGGGGCCCCAUCACCUCUGCUGCUGAGCUGAAUGACCCCCAGAGCAUCCUCCUCCGACUGGGCCAAGCCCAGGGGUCACUGUCCUUCUGCAUGCUGGAAGCCAGCCAGGACAUGGGCCGCACGCUCGAGUGGCGGCCGCGUACUCCAGCCUUGGUCCGGGGCUGCCGCUUGGAAGGCGUGGCCGGCCACAAGGAGGCGCACAUCCUGAGGGUCCUGCCGGGCCACUCAGCCGGGCCCCGGACGGUGACGGUGAAGGUGGAACUGAGCUGCGCACCCGGGGAUCUCGAUGCCGUCCUCAUCCUGCAGGGUCCCCCCUACGUGUCCUGGCUCAUCGACGCCAACCACACCAUGCAGAUCUGGACCACUGGCGAAUACUCCUUCAAGAUCUUUCCAGAGAAAAACAUUCGUGGCUUCAAGCUCCCAGACACACCUCAAGGCCUCCUGGGGGAGGCCCGGAUGCUCAAUGCCAGCAUUGUGGCAUCCUUCGUGGAGCUACCGCUGGCCAGCAUUGUCUCACUUCAUGCCUCCAGCUGCGGUGGUAGGCUGCAGACCUCACCCGCACCGAUCCAGACCACUCCUCCCAAGGACACUUGCAGCCCGGAGCUGCUCAUGUCCCUGAUCCAGACAAAGUGUGCCGACGACGCCAUGACCCUGGUACUAAAGAAAGAGCUUGUUGCGCAUUUGAAGUGCACCAUCACGGGCCUGACCUUCUGGGACCCCAGCUGUGAGGCGGAGGACAGGGGUGACAAGUUUGUCUUGCGCAGUGCUUACUCCAGCUGUGGCAUGCAGGUGUCAGCAAGUAUGAUCAGCAAUGAGGCGGUGGUCAAUAUCCUGUCGAGCUCAUCACCACAGCGGAAAAAGGUGCACUGCCUCAACAUGGACAGCCUCUCUUUCCAGCUGGGCCUCUACCUCAGCCCACACUUCCUCCAGGCCUCCAACACCAUCGAGCCGGGGCAGCAGAGCUUUGUGCAGGUCAGAGUGUCCCCAUCCAUCUCCGAGUUCCUGCUCCAGUUAGACAGCUGCCACCUGGACUUGGGGCCUGAGGGAGGCACCGUGGAACUCAUCCAGGGCCGGGCGGCCAAGGGCAACUGUGUGAGCCUGCUGUCCCCAAGCCCCGAGGGUGACCCGCGCUUCAGCUUCCUCCUCCACUUCUACACAGUACCCAUACCCAAAACCGGCACCCUCAGCUGCACUGUAGCCCUGCGUCCCAAGACCGGGUCUCAAGACCAGGAAGUCCAUAGGACUGUCUUCAUGCGCUUGAACAUCAUCAGCCCUGACCUGUCUGGUUGCACAAGCAAAGGCCUCGUCCUGCCCGCCGUGCUGGGCAUCACCUUUGGUGCCUUCCUCAUCGGGGCCCUGCUCACUGCUGCACUCUGGUACAUCUACUCGCACACGCGUUCCCCCAGCAAGCGGGAGCCCGUGGUGGCGGUGGCUGCCCCGGCCUCCUCGGAGAGCAGCAGCACCAACCACAGCAUCGGGAGCACCCAGAGCACCCCCUGCUCCACCAGCAGCAUGGCAUAGCCCCGGCCCCCCGCGCUCGCCCAGCAGGAGAGACUGAGCAGCCGCCAGCUGGGAGCACUGGUGUGAACUCACCCUGGGAGCCAGUCCUCCACUGGACCCAGGAUGGAGCCUGCUCUCCGCGCCCACCCUUCCCGCCUCCCUCUCAAAGAGGCCUGCUGCCAGUGCAGCCACUGGCUUGGAACACCUUGGGGUCCCUCGACCCCACAGAACCUUCAACCCAGUGGGUCUGGGAUAUGGCUGCCCAGGAGACAGACCACUUGCCACGCUGUUGUAAAAACCCAAGUCCCUGUCAUUUGAACCUGGAUCCAGCACUGGUGAACUGAGCUGGGCAGGAAGGGAGAACUUGAAACAGAUCCAGGCCAGCCGAGCCAGGCCAACAGCACCUCCCCGCUGGGAAGAGAAGAGGGCCCAGCCCACAGCCACCUGGAUCUAUCCCUGCGGCCUCCACACCUGGACUUGCCUAACUGGCAGGGGAGACAGGAGCCUAGCGGAGCCCAGCCUGGGAGCCCAGAGGGUGGCAAGAACAGUGGGUGUUGGGAGCCUAGCUCCUGCCACAUGGAGGCCCCUCUGCCGGUUGGGCAGCCAGCAGAGGGGGAGUAGCCAAGCUGCUUGUCCUGGGCCUGCCCCUGUGUAUUCACCACCAAUAAAUCAGACCAUGAAACCA